AUGACAAUGAGCACACUGCGUUUGUUACCGGUUGACGGAAUACAGGGAGUGACCUCUGCAUCAACUACAGAGUCUUCCACAACAGAACAAAUAACAUCAGAACCAACAGCCGUCGUGGAAAAUGCAACAGAAUCAACAUCUUCUACAACAACAUAUACCACAACAACUUCUGGAACAACAACGACAUCGGAGACUACGACAACAUCUCCCUCUAUAGAUGAAUCAACCUCAACAACUUCCGGUGACAUUGAAGCUACGUCAACAACAACAAGUCCUCCUGAUGAAUUGAGUACGUCGUCUUUGCAGGAAAUUAGUGGUCUACAGAUAACAUAUUCUACCUACUCCAUUUAUGGGGAGUUGACGACUUUUAACAUAUCACUCAACAGCGGAAACAAUCAUACAACUAUAGCAAUAAUAGAAAACCAAACCACCGUCGUCUGCUCUCAGAAUUCUGACGCGCUAGUAUUUGACUGGACGUAUAACUUUACUCAAACUGGCGCUAUCGACUUGGAGAUCAUUAUUGCAAAUGACGUAUCACAGGUGUCAGAAAUGCUUGUUAUAUAUAAGCACUACGUCAUUAAUGGAAUAUCCACCAACAAUAUUAGUAGAACAUUCAACACUUCGGAAAAUGUAACAUUGACUUUUGAACUGGAUUCCAAGGCUCAAAGACCUCAGGGAUUGGUGAACUUCAGUGUGACGUGGGGAGACGCGGAGAGUUAUUUCAUUUUUCCUAAAGAAUACACACCUGUGCGUCUUCGAGGGGGUGGUGUUCAUUUUGAGGGGUCAGUAGAAGUGUUUUACUCAGGGAGUUGGGUUUCAUUGUGUGACACCAACUGGAGUAAUACAACAGCGAACAUGGUCUGUUUUAUUGCUGGAUAUGCCAGGACCUCCGCUAUAGAAUACUACGGCUCUCAGUUUGGAGUUGGUGAGGCAUCACGUAUGAGCACUGCUUGUGAGGGCUUGGAGUGGGAUAUCUUAGACUGUAACCAUAGUUUGGAACUAAGUUCCUGUCCAGUAGCUGGAGUCAGAUGUUCAACGGAAGGUGUCUUCAUGUUUAAGCUAUCAUAUGGUCAAGAUGCUACUAUUUCAUUACUGAGCGGCAAGCAGACCGUCAUUAACUUUGAUUAUGUAUCAGAAUCCCCGUCCUUUGAAGCAUUCAUUAACAAUAGUACCUUGCUUAGUACACAGACAGUCCAAUUCGACACGGAAAACAAAACCAUUCAGUUUGAUUUGACUUCCCAAAUGCUCUCAGUUGCUGGAUUUGGAUCCCACACUAUGCAGUUCAGAUUAUCAAAUGAAAAUUACACUAAAGAUGUUGAAGUUGAAGUGCAAUAUGAAGAAGAUAUUACCCAAUAUGAGGUUCAAUAUAACAGUUUUAUAGAAUUGGGGAAACCUGCUUAUUUCAACGUAUCUGUGGCCAGCGGGUCUAAUUUACAGUUUACGUGGGUUCAUGGGAGCACUGUUCAAACAUGUAAUUACACAGGAAACAAUGUGAAGUUCUUCCAGUUUAACUAUACGUUUACAGAUUUCGGAACCAGAAAUAUCACCACAACCGUGUCGAACGGAAUUGCAAUAGCAACAAAGAGUUUUACUGUUGUUGUUUUUCACAAGAUAAAUGGAAUCUCGCUAAGUACUAGUAAAUCAACGUAUCAAACGCUAGAAAAUGUGAAUAUAUCUCUAACAGUUGCUGAGAAUGCACUUCAGCCACAAGGACAGGUCAAUGCCAGUAUUGAUUUCGGAAAUGGCAACAUUUCGAACUGCAUUCUAUCUGCAAACGAUACAUAUCUUUUCCCAGUUUUAAGCUUCAACCAUCAGUUCAACAUCCAAGGAAAUUAUUCUGUGCGGCUUGUGCUCAGGUCUUUGGGGGACACCGUAUUCCAGACAUACUAUGUCCAGGUCUGGGAUGAACUUGCCAUUAAUCUAUCGUCUGUUACUCGAUCGAAAGUCGACACUAAUAUUGAGUUUAGUUUUGGGUCCACGCCGCGGUCAAAUUUCAUGUAUUACAUUUCAUUUGGAGACGGAACCGAUGUUCAGAACCAAGAAAGUGAUCUCUAUAGAAAGUAUGAUUUUCAAAGCUGGAAUAAAUCUUACAGACACCCAGGGGUAUAUAACGUCUCCUUGACGGCAUGGAAUCCAGUCUAUACCAAUUACUUCUCUUAUUUGAUCAAAGUUACACAAGAUCAGAUUCUGAAUUUUACACUGGAGGAAGAUUAUCGAGAGGUCAUUAAGUACAUAUACGGGGAAUCAAAGGAAGUUCUGCUUUACUUCGAAACACUAAACAACACUGUGAUUGAUGCAGAAUUUGAAUUACUGAUUGGAGAGAUAGAGAUCAAUUCUAGCUUCAUCUUUAUCAACCAGACUGGCGCGAAAAUAAAGCUAAUCUACCUCCCACUUCCGGUUUUAUUGUAUGACGUGCCCUUUGGAAACCAUUCCAUGAAUAUGACCCUUUAUGCACAAAAUAGAACUGAAUUUCGAACUCUUGCUGUGCUUUUACACUAUGAAGAGAAAAUAACAGGUCUACAGGUUUCCUAUGAAGAGAAUAUCGAAGUUGGAUUAUCAGCUGUUUUUAUUGGAUCAUUAACUAGCGGAUCCAAUUUUGAAGUGGGAUGGAUGCAUGAGAAUGUUUCAAGAACAUUCUUUUACCCAAAUAACGAAACGCGAGUUUUUAGUUACAAUUAUACUUUUUUAUAUACGGGAGAUAUAAAUGUUACUCUUCUUGUGACGAACUUGGUCUCCAGUCAGACUUUCUCCCUAUUGUUUCACAGUUAUUACAGAAUCAAUGGCAUUUCUCUUGAAGUUGGAGAAACUUACCAAACAACAGAACUUGCUGAAAUUGCAGUAAAAGUUAACGAUUCGGCCGCUCAGCCGCAGGGAGAGGUCAGCUUAAUUUUAGACUAUGGAGAUGACACAAACGUAAGUGUCAGUUUAUCAACUGAUCCCUUCAACUUAAAAUCUGGAUUCAACACUACACAUCAUUACAACAUUCAAGGAAAUUAUACUGUUACCGCUAAUCUGGUAUCACCAAUUGGAACAGAAACGCUUACAUCUAUUGUUUAUGUGUGGGAUAAACUUGCCGUGAAUUUGUCCUCGGAGGUAGUAAAGAAAGUUUAUGAAAAUAUUACUUUCGAAUUUGACAACACUCCAAAUUCGAAUUUUUUGUAUGUGGUAUCAUACGGUGAUGGAGAGAUACGUCAAAACGACGACAGCGACCUCUAUCGGCUUUAUGACUUCCAGAGCUGGAAUAAAUCAUACGAAGAUCCUGAUCUGUAUAAUGUUACUCUGUAUGCAUGGAAUCCGUUAUAUUCCAGUUUCCACACCUAUUUAAUUUACGUGUCUCAAGACCAGAUAACGAACUUCACAGUGGACGGAGAUUCGUCUUUACCAAUAAUGUUGAUUUCUAGGUCUUCUGUAGACGUCCGUCUGAAUUUCGCCACUUUAAACAAUACUUACGUACCUGACCUACUCUUUAAAGCCUCCAUCAACAACAUUACUAUUGACACAGAUGCAGCAAACAUAAAUCAGGUCGACGACAAUGUUGUUUUUACAAUGACGGCCUUUUUGAUGGACAAUUUUACGUACGGUGUAUACGAAAUCAUUUUCUCACUACUGGCACAAAACGAAACAGAGGAACAUUUUCUCAACAUGACUCUUAUUUAUGAGCAGGCGAUAGAAGAUAUUUUGGUUGAAUAUGAUCUCUAUACAGAGGUCGGUCAUCCAUUAGAGAUCAAUGCAACAAUUAUCAAUGGCUCUAACAUGAAUACGGAGUGGUUCCUUGGCCCGAAAGACAAACAACAUUUCCUACACCCAUGCAACGAUACACAAUCGCUUGUAUUUAAUCACACAUUCGGUGAAACAGGAGAAAUUAAUGUGACUGUGAUAGGGAAGAACCUUGUAUCACAAAUUAGUAGGAGUUUUAUCAUAUUCUACUACUAUGCUAUCAACGGUUACCUCUUGUUGCCAAAUGACACUGUUCAAACAAUUGAAAACGCAACAAUUGUAAUACAAGUUGAGAAUUCUGCAAAUCAGCCUCAAGGUGUUGUAGACAUAGAAGUUCGCUUUGGAGAUGGUGACUCAACAAAUUUUUCUCUAGAUGCAAAUGAUCCAAAGCUAGCGAUCGGUGUACCUCUAACUCAUCACUAUAUAUACCAAGGAAAUUAUACAAUUACAGCAAUAUUGUCCUCUAACAUCAACAGCAUAAAUUUAACUAAGGUCAUUGAAAUAUGGGACGAACUAAAUGUAAAACUGGCAUCAGUACCUCCUACUCGGGUAGACCAUGAUGCUGAAUUUUCAUUUAUUUCCACACCUAAUUCGAAUUUCCUUUACAACGUGACUUAUGAUGAUGGAACGUUCAUUACAAACAAGGAAAGUGAUUUAUAUCAUCAUUAUAAUUUUACCUCAUGGAACAAGUCCUAUUCACAACCGAAGAAAUUUUACAACGUAACAGUUAAGGCGUGGAACCCACGUCAUUCUUCAGUGAAUUCAAUCUUCGUUUUAAUUGAAUAUCCUUUGCAUGAGGGCAAAAUUGGUAUUUCUCCCUCCACAGAGAUGAUUCCAAGGCCAGACGGACGACAGAACAUUACGAUGAAUUUGUUCGAAAAUCUUCCUGAUCCUUCAAACAUCGUAUGUACAUUUGACAACGAUGAAGAUCCUCCUACAGUUAAUGUAUCAAUACCUCAAUUUGGAUUUAGUCACCCAAUCAAGCAAAAUUAUACAUUUAAAACAGACGGAGACAAGAAUGUUACCUUUACUUGCCAUAAUUCUGUGAGUAGUUAUCAAGGUUUUUCUAUAAUUCAAGUGCGUUCCUUUACAGCGCAAGACUUCAACUAUACAUUUAUGAACCCCGUCAAUAUGAACAUGUCUCUUGUACCUACAAAUCCCUCUGACGGAAUUCAUUUCCCAUUUAAAUCAAGGCAUGAUCCUGUUGAUGUUACUUUUAACCUGACUUUAUUUGAAUGUUCAAGAUUACCUCCAAACAUAGAAACUAUUUGGAAAUUCGGAGAUGGCUCAACUGAAGAGAAAAUUAACCAGACAGAAUUUGAAUAUAUCCACAAAUUUACGAAGCGUGGAAACUAUACAAUGACUUUCCAAAUUCUCGAUCAUAACUAUAAUACAGAGUCUACUCGAGUGUUCAACAUCACUCUUGGAACGAUGAUUCUAUUCUGUGACAAACCCAGUAUUGAUUUGAGAAAAGAGAACUUUACGUUAACUGCAACGAAAAUGCUAGGAAAUGCAAGUUACACUUUUCAAGUGGACAUCCUGGAAAAUAGUCCAAAUGUGUCCCAUUUGCAGGAAAUUGUAAGCAUAUACGAGUCCGAUAAUGGAUAUAGUACAACAAAUGUGAGUCUUCAGUUCUACGAAUACGGCUUCUAUCUGCCCAAAGUUACUGGGAAUAAUGGAUCGAUAACGGAGAUUGUGUAUCUUGAUAAUCCCAUUAUCGCCGACUACAAUAUUUCGGGAGAAAUAGACCUUGUUCUGGACCCCAGUACCUGGAAAGUAACAGUGCCACCUGGUGAAGUUAGGUUCUACGUCGAAAUCGUCAAUAAAUCAGAACAUCCUCCGUUUGGAUUUCCAAAGAGGCCCUUCACACAUUGUAGUCUUCGAACUGGGGACUUGGUAGAUAAAAAUAUCUACAGCCAAGUAUUUAACAUCACAUCAGACAGUCCUAUGCAGUACAAUUAUACUUAUAUUUCGCUUGGGAACUUAACAGUUUCUAUAACUUGUUCAAACAAUAUUUCAGAUGUCACGAUUGUUAAGCCGAUUUAUGUUGGGAAUGACUGUUAUUCCAAAGUGGGACUUUUUGACCGAAAGAAUUCAAUGCCAAAUGAAUCUCUGACUGUUUCAACAGCGACUGAUGUAUAUAUUUAUAGUAGAAUGGAUGUUCAUUGCAUUGAAAAUAAUACAAAAUAUAACUGGACUAUACGAAAAACAGACGAGUUUGGUUCUGAUUUAGAAAUCGUUCUUUACGAUAAUCCUUUGGGCAAAGACACAGCGACAUUUCUGAUCACAAAGGGAUCAUUCGAGGCAGGGAUCUACAAGAUAGAAUUAAAUGUGACACUUGCUACUACGUACUUUCACGAACACACGUAUAUGACAUUCAAGGAUCCUCCUCCAUUUGCAUACAUUGUUGGAGGAAAUACGAAUACAGUUACAUCUUUAGCUUAUGAAUUUGACGCCUCUUUAUCUCACAACGGGAAAGGAGGGACAGAAAACAUUGCGUAUAGUUGGACCUGUAGAAAGUUAACACAGUCUUUCCCUUUUGAUGAUGAAGAUGUUAAUUUGAAUUCUGGUCAGGGUCAAGGUGCCAAUAACUGUCCAAAUUCUCAAGAUAAAAAUGACAAGUAUGGGAUUAGUGGUUUAACAACUGGAAAUAGAUAUGAAGCCACGGUCACCGUUAGCAUCACUGACAGUCCAGGGUCUAUAGACAGUUAUACACAAGUUUUAGUGGUGGACUCCGGAGACUUACCAAUCCUUUCACUGAGUUGCUCAAGAAAUUGUCUUUCAAAAGUUGGUGUUGCCGCCUCCUACGCUUUAAGAGGCCAGUGUUCAAACUGUGAAGGUUCGGGAUCAAAAAAACUGCAUUCAAAAUGGAAGUUGUGGUCCGAGAAUGGAAAUAAAUAUACUGAAGUUGCUAACUUCACGGACAUGACUGAAACAACAGGAACUACCCGUGAAGGAAUAAUCAUUGCAGCUCAUCAACUGGAAAAGGGCAAGAAGUAUCUCAUAGCCAUGAGGGGCUUUUUUAAUGACACUGGAUCAAAUUAUGUGUACAAAACGUUUCGAACUAACUACCCUCCAUACAAUGGUGACUGCCAAGUCAAUACGACUACGGAUACAAUUAACCGACUCAGUGUAGACUGUAAUGAUUGGCUUGAUGAAGGUUUACAUGAUACACAGGAUCCAGCCAGAGAUCAGAACAACAACGUUGUCCUACUUUACCAGUACGAAACGGAAAUGACCAAAAACACAUCCUUUGGAAUACAAACGAUCACAAGCAUUCUGUAUAGAGGGGGUGAAAGCACGAUAACAAACGUACCUGUCCAAGCCGGAGAUAACUUUACUGACUACAAUGUAACGAUCCGUGUCAAAAUUAUAGAUGAGUUUGGAGAUUUUUCCAUUUUUGAAACAAUUAUACCUAUAAUUCCACCUGCAAAACCAGAUUCUACAGAAGUUUUCUUUGAGGGUGUGUUGACGUCAUUUGCCCAAGCUAAAGCUGGAGGUAACGAUAUGUCUGCAGUAGGGGUUCUAGGAGCUGCUGCCUCACUCUUUGACAACGUCACCAAUUCAAAAACGGUUCCUACUGAACAAGAGGUGUUAUCAAACAGUCGGGAAGCAAACGAGGUUACCGUAAAUCCUGCUCCUGAUCCUGUGGAGCAACUUUAUGUUCAGAAAUUAAGAGAAAUUAUCAGCAUUCUAAAGUCUGGAAUUAGUCUUGAUUGUUCCAACAACCCAAAAAGAUUUAGUAUCAACGACAUUCAACAUAUAUUUGGAACUCUGGACUCUCUAACUCGAAUGAAACAGUACAUACCUUUGGAUGUCUUGGAAGAUUUGACCGGAUUCAUUUACAACAUGACGUACUGUUUUGAAAGUGUCAUCAGUAAUGUGACAACCGAGUUGGAUGCUGGCGUUACGUAUCUCCCGAUUGAGUAUUAUGACAUAGUCAAAGACACAAUUGAAGUGGCCAUACGAGUUUUGAACACAGUAAUGGAUAAAAUGUUACCGGCAAAAUUGAUGAACUUAGAUGUGGAACUUACCUUAGAGGACAUUGAAGAAGAGCUAGAGUUGAAAUCCGAGUUUGAGAAUAAAAUGAACGCACACUUGGGUAUAUCCAACGUAACCAAUUACAAAGAGAAAACUAACCAGAUUUUUCUUAUUCGACAACAUGAACGGGAGAUACAACUGAAUCAAACAAAUAUUACCGCCAGAGCUCUAGCUAAUCAGCAAAAGGUUAUUGAUACAAUCCAAGGGCUGAAGUUGAAAACUUUGGCUUUAGGAGAGAAAUCACUAGUGUCCACAUCUGUGCUGGACAUAGUCACACAGAAAAUAGCACCUGAUGACAUGGAUGAAACGUAUAUGAAAAAGUUCGAAACCAACAGAACAGAACUAACAAUAAAGGUUAUUGUUUAUAAGCGAAAUCCCUAUAAUUAUGUGGAGAACGCCUCAUCCUUGACUACUGGCGUUUCCUCUAUUGACCUUGGCCCAGGAUCAACUGUGGACUCGGUCAUAAAGAAUCCACCCGUUCUAGCACCUGUUGUAUAUGAACCAAAAAUCCAGACAACUUUCCCCGAGCCAAUGAUUUACUACAAGUUUGAAGUGGAGAAUGAUGGUGAUGCUGGUGUGGUCUUCUUCAAACCUGAUAAUUUCGAUAUCACAAGCAAUCCUAAUGAUACCCUGUACAGCUUCUAUUUUAGCAGCGUUUACUUUCCAACAUCUAAAGAUUUAGAAAUCGUGGUGUCGGCUGCCAACUGGUCUGUUGAAGAUGACGGUUUCAAGAUAUUUUUGGAUGGCGGUGUCUGCAACAAAGGGAUUUGUUAUAUGGGUAUUAAACUUGGAGAAGUUGACAUAACCGAUACUACAUCGGAUUCUUCGACCUCAAGAAGAAGACGUCGAGACACUAGCCAAGCUUUAACUACUCCUGGAUACAAUGAGUCGGCACCUUUUACACCCACUAGUUCCAACUUCAGCAUGGCAAUAACAACUACAGGCUGUCGAUCUUAUGACAAGGCUACGGACUCGUGGACGUCUAACAACUGUCAGGUUUUGAGAAUUAGCACAAAAGAAAACACAGUAUGUCGUUGCACAGGGACGACAUUUUCGUCUACAUUUGUAGUACCUCUGAGCACUAUAGAUUUCACCAAUGUGUGGGGAAAGUUCGAUCCUUCCAACGCCGCUGUGUAUGGUACACUUAUAGCCUUUCUCGUUGUCUACACCCUAGCUGCCAUCUAUCUCAGACGACAAGACAAGAAAGAUGAAGAAAAGUGGGCUACUCAUUUCCUAAAAGAUACGGACGGUGCGGAUACAAACUUCUACUUACUAACUGUUUACACAGGGAUGCGAAAGGGAGCUGGGACUCUGUCUAACGUUAAUUUUGUAGUAUCUGGUGACGAAGCUGAUACCGGAAUAAGAUCACUUAGUGAUGGUGUUCGAAAGGGUUUUGCGACCGCAAGUGUCAAUAAAUACAUAAUGGGACACUCCGUGUCAUUGGGCAAUUUGACACAUAUUCGAAUCUGGCAUGAUAACUCCGGACCUAAGGGGCGUCGGAGCUGGUAUCUAAAUAGGAUAGUUGUUGAUGAUUUACGUACACAGGAACGAUAUAUUUUCUUGUGUGACAAAUGGUUGGCUGUGGAUGAAGAGGAUGGAAUGAUUGAUAGAAUACUUCCCGUGUCAAGCAAGGACGAUAUCACUUCGUUUAAUACCCUCUUUUCUGAACAUACACAGUCGAACAUAACGGAGCAACACUUGUGGUUAUCCAUGUUUAUAAGGCCAAAGAGAAGCAUUUUUACCCGAGUUCAACGUUUGUCAUGCUUGCUCUCUUUACUUUUCCUAACGAUGAUCACCAACGCCAUGUUCUUUAGAUCUUCUGAUGAAGACAAAGUAGAAGGAGUUUUGGAAGUUGGAGUAAUUCGUAUAUCAGUAACAACCAUUAUUGUAUCCGUAAUAGGAAUUUCUAUUACAACACCACCAAUUAUGUUCAUUACAUUUGCAUUUCGAAAAAGUCGUCCAGCUCCACGUAAGCCUAAAAAGGUAAAGAAAAGUCAACCCAUCUCUACAAUAUCGUACAAGGAAAAUACUGAAAACAAUACAGUGAUUGAGGAGGAAACUGUUAAAGAUAAGGAAGAAGAAAUACAGGAGGACACUGUAAAUAAAGAGAAAAAAUUAAGUAACAAUAGUGAAAAUGUAGACCUGGAAGAUUUACUCGAGAAUAAUUCUCUUCCCUUGCCGCACUGGGUUCGAAGAAUCGCCUGGUUUAUCGUUUUCCUCUCGGUUUUGACAUCAGCUUUCUUUCUUCUGCUAUACAGCAUGGAAUGGGGAAUAGCCAAAUCAGAAGAGUGGUUAUCCUCUUUUUUAUUGUCUUUCUUGGAAUCUCUUCUAUGCGUCGACCCUUUAAAAGUUCUCUUGAUUUCUGCUGUCUUCGCUUUGAUAUUCAGGAAAAUGGCGGAUGAGUCCGUUCCACCUAAGGUUGAAUUUGAAAAGCUUCAAUCAGUGUCCAAGUCACAGUUUAAGACAAAGAGUCGGGAAGGUUUUAAUGCAUUAGUCAACAAUAUAGUAACGAGCCAGAAACCUUUGUCUGAAGAGCAAGUCGCAACUAUGAGAAAGAAACGACAAGAGGAACGUACAGCGCGGAACGCUAUGAUAACUUUACUGGUGUAUGCCGUGUAUGUGUCUGCUAUUUACAGCAUCAGUUAUAUGGAACGAGAUCAGAGAGCUUACAGUUUCAAACAGAGCUUGGAUAAUUUUAUGUAUACUUCAUUCUCUAAGGUUACGGAGACAGAUUCCUUUUUCACUUGGUUAAAAACAUCGCUUCUUCCAACAUAUUUUCCUCAGAAAAAUUACGCCAAUCAAACAAUAUUUUUUGCAAGAGAUUUACAGUACUUUGGUGACAAUGUAAGCAUACGUAUAGGUCCUCCAAGGCUGAGACAAGUCCGAAUGGGAAAAGAUGAAUGUGAAUAUUCACGACUGACUUGGCCUUACCCUUGUUAUAGUCGGUAUUCGAUGACUGACGAAGACGAUCACUCAUACUGUGUAGGAUGGCAGCCUUAUGGACAAAGCUGCCUUGAUCCCAAUGAUAAAACAAUGGAAGCUUGGAAAUUCACCAGUGCGUUUGAUAUUUGGGGAAUUCCAAAAGCUGGUGAAUAUAAUACAUAUAGUGGAGGCGGUUAUGUCAUAAGUUUAAAAGAGACAAUAACUGAGGCAACCAAUAUUGUUAACGAUCUACUCAACAAAACGUGGAUAGACAGACGUACAAGGGCUGUAUUUCUUGAGUUCGUUCUGUACAAUCCGAAUGUGAAUCUGUUUGCCUACGUCAUGUUUCUUACGGAGUUCACCGAACUUGGACGAUCUUUUGUAUGGUAUGAAUCAGAGGCAUUCCGACCCGUGGCAUCAGCUUCAGCUGUUGGUUCUUACGUCAUAGCUUGUUAUUCCAUAUUCAUAGCUUAUGUCAUCUACUCUUUCGUAAAAUUUAUAAGAGGAAUUCGACAAUUAGGUUGUCCGGGCUACCUGAAGCAUCCUUGGCAUUACGUUGAUAUGAUCAUGGCUUUUCUUGGAUUUGCUGCCAUUGGUGUUUACAUAGUGCGAAUCCAAGCUGCAACAAAAGCUAUGAACCUUUAUUACGAUCAGCUAGUUACAGGAUCAAAGUUCAUAAAUUUUGCAAACAUUGUAUUGUGGGACAAUACCUUCUCCAUCAUCUUUGCCAUUCUGGUAUUUGUGUCCAUUAUUCAGUUUCUGCGGAUCUUGGGAUACAGCAAGAAAGUAACAGAAAUCAUUUCAGUUAUAACCAACGUAGGUAAAGACCUUUACGGAUUCUUGAUCAUGUUUUCAAUCAUGUUCUUUACUUUUGUUGGAACAGGAUAUCUGUUAUUUGGGUCAACUGUCAAAGAAUACAAGAGCUUCUUCAGCGUUAUUGGAAGCCUGACAAACACGUUCAUUGGUGUCAACAGUCUCGAUGCACUGAUAGAGUCAAACCCUGCAUUGGCCAGAACGUUCUACUUCAUGUAUAUUUUGUUAGUUAUUAUGACGUUGUUUACAAUAUUUGCUGCAAUUCUCAACAAAAGCAUUUCUGAAGUCAAAGACGAUAGUGAGAGUUCCCCAGAAGUGGUUGGGGUUAUGGAUAUCGUACUGAAAUCCGCCAAAUCAGCAUUAUCAUUUGUGCCAUCGGUUGGCAAAAACAACUCUGAAGAUGAUCAUACGGAAAGUUGGAGUGAUCUACAGGACGAGUUACGUAAAGGGAAUGUAAGCGCUUUAAAUGUAAUGAGACUAGUUAGAGAAACCUUUAACGAUGUUGAAGGCGUACAGACGAAGCCAGUGGAGGAGGUAAAGCCAAUGACGGGAAUCCAGGAGUUCCUCCUCCUCAACGUCGACAAAGAAAAUUCAGAACGAGGUUCCGCUAGCCCAAAACGAGACAUUUGGAAAGACGAUGUUGAUGAAGAAGAAAGGAGAGUGCGAUUUCAGUUUAUAUAAGACUAUGCCCACAUUACUAAUGUUGUCGUACUUUGUACACGUGUAUCAUUUGUUUCUAUGCAAAUUAUAAAUGAAAUUUGAGGGUCUGUGUCGCGCACGUAAUUUUCUUGAACAAUCGACAACGGUGAAACUAGUUUUCUUCACUGACAAAACAUGUACCAUAGCUACAAUGUAAGUAGAUGACACUCAACAAAAAUGGAUAAAUGUUUAUUAUGCACUCUUAUUUUCACUUUUUUUUUUUUUUGAAGUAUUUGAAAGGAUAAUAAUGCAUAGAAAUGGUCUAGCAGUUUAUCCUGUCAAACAAAAGAGUUGCCAUUGUUGAAUUUUUGUGACUGUUAUCCAUUUAAUAAAAAUAUAUUGCAUUGUU